AUGACAGGUUCCAAUAAUGAAACUGGCGAAGCAAGUGCUAUCGAUAGUCUAAUAGAAAAUGAAGCGGAAAUUAUACGACUGAUACAAAAGGAUGUCAGUAUGCUGAGAGACAAUGGUAAUGGCAAUGAUAUUCACAGAAUUAUCAAUGAGGAUAAGAUAUUGAAAGGAGAAUUUGAACAUAUUCUACAGAGAUUUCAUGAUAAUUGCAAGAGAGAAGACGGACAACUAUUAGAAGAGGAUGAGGAAGACUUGUUUGAUAAGGAUGAGCAUAUGACUAAAAGCGAGGAAAAGCGUGAAUUCCAAAGUGAAGCACAGCAAGAGGAAGUAAUACCGCCAGAGAACUUCAGUCAUGUAGCGGGGGAAAUAUAUCGCAGUAGCUUUCCAAGGGUUGAAAACUUCCAGUUUUUACAGACAAGAUUAAAGUUGAAAUCAAUUCUGGUCCUGAUACCGGAAGAGUAUCCAGCGGAAAAUAAAGAAUUUUUGGAAAAAUCGGGUAUUAAACUGUAUCAGGUUGGCAUGAGUGGUAAUAAGGAACCGUUCGUGAACAUACCGUCGGAUUUACUUACAAAAGCUCUGGAGAUUGUGUUAAAUCCAGACCAUCAACCGGUGUUAAUUCACUGCAACAGAGGUAAGCACAGAACCGGUUGUUUAAUCGGAUGCAUACGUAAAUUACAAAAUUGGUCUUUAACAAUGAUAUUUGACGAAUACAGAAGAUUUGCAUUCCCCAAGGCAAGAGCCUUGGAUCAGCAAUUUAUUGAGAUGUAUGACGAUAAAGAGAUAAUUACUCUAGCAAAUAAGAAAAACUGGCUUCCUAUACAAUGGUAA